CUGCGCGGCUGCGUCCAAUCUCCACUUUGGAUUUAAUUGUCUUGGGCCAGGGGGCGGGGCCUGCCGUCAGCUCCGCUCGCGCUGACCCGUGUCCGCAUAAAGGCGCUGGGCUCAGAGGAAUGGUGACAGCUGAGCGAGAGCAGCAGCACACAUCGUCGCAGCCAUGAAGGAAAUCAUGGCACAAAAAGAGAAACUCCAAUGCCUGAAGGACUUCCACAAGGACACCCUGAAACCUUCACCGGGGAAGAGCCCGGGCACGCGGCCCGAGGACGAGGCGGAGGGCAAGGCUCCUCAGAGGGAGAAGUGGGCCAGUAAGCUCGACUUUGUCCUGUCUGUGGCCGGAGGCUUCGUUGGAUUAGGAAACGUCUGGCGGUUCCCGUACCUUUGCUAUAAAAAUGGUGGAGGUGCAUUUCUUAUUCCUUACACCAUCUUCCUGUUUGGGGGUGGCCUGCCCGUGUUCUUCCUGGAGGUUGCACUGGGCCAGUACACUUCUGAAGGAGGGAUCACCUGCUGGGCCAAGCUCUGCCCCAUCUUCACUGGUAUUGGCUACGCCUCUGUUGUGAUCGUAUCGCUACUAAACAUCUACUACAUCGUGAUCUUGGCCUGGGGCCUCUACUACCUGUUCCAGUGCUUUCAGCCGGAGCUCCCCUGGGCAAAGUGCAAGCAGCCCUGGAACACAGAGCACUGUGUGGAGGACACGGUCCGCAAGAACAAGACCCUUUGGUUGGCAGCCAAUAUUACCAACUUCACCUCCCCUGUCACUGAGUUCUGGGAACACAACGUCCUGAGCAUCUCCUCUGGGAUCGAGGACAUAGGGCCCCUGAAGUGGGACCUGGCCCUGUGUCUCCUAGCAGUGUGGGUUAUCUGCUUCUUCUGCAUCUGGAAAGGAGUCAAGUCCACUGGGAAAGUUGUUUACAUAACAGCGACUUUCCCAUUCGUGAUGCUCAUUGUGCUGUUGAUUCGUGGUGUGACCCUGCCGGGGGCAUCCGAAGGGAUUAAAUUUUACCUUUACCCUAAUCUGACCCGCCUACAGGAUCCAGAGGUGUGGAUUGACGCAGGAACCCAGAUUUUCUUCUCCUAUGCCAUUUGCCUGGGAGCCAUGACGUCACUGGGGAGUUACAACAAAUACAAAUACAACUGCUACAGGGACUGUUUGCUGCUGGGAGGCCUCAACAGCGGUACCAGUUUUGUGUCUGGCUUCGCAAUAUUUUCCGUCCUGGGCUUCAUGGCACAAGAACAAGGGGUGGACAUUGCCGAUGUGGCAGAGUCAGGUCCUGGCUUGGCCUUCAUUGCCUACCCCAAAGCUGUGUCCAUGAUGCCGAUGCCAACCCUCUGGGCCAUCCUCUUCUUUAUCAUGCUGCUGCUUCUGGGCCUCGACAGCCAGUUUGUGGAAGUGGAAGGACAGAUCACAUCUAUUGUGGAUCUGUAUCCAGCUCUCCUCAGGAAGGGCUACCGGCGAGAGAUCUUUAUAGCUGUGAUGUGUUUCAUGAGCUAUCUCCUGGGACUCGCCAUGGUAACGAAAGGCGGCAUGUAUGUGUUUCAACUCUUUGAUUACUAUGCAGCCAGCGGUGUGUGCCUUUUGUGGGUGGCAUUCUUUGAAUGCAUUGCUGUAGCCUGGGUGUAUGGAGUGGAUAACUUCUACGACGCAGUCGAGGAUAUGAUUGGCUACAGACCAAAUCCAUGGAUGAAGUGGAGCUGGACCAUCAUCACUCCUGUCCUCUGCAUGGGCUGCUUUGUCUUUUCUCUGGUGAAGUACAAGCCCUUGACUUAUAACAAGGUGUAUGAGUAUCCUGACUGGGCCAUUGGUGUGGGCUGGUGUUUGGCCCUGUCCUCCAUGAUCUGCAUCCCAAUGGUGAUGGUCAUCAAGAUCUUGCAGUCCGAGGGAUCACUGAUCGAGCGGAUAAAAGCAGUGGCGGCCCCGGCCAAGUCAGGUGUGAGCUCCCGCCCGAAGGAGUACAAUGUGAAGGGCGAGUUGACACUGCCCCUGGACCCAAACGGGAACAAUGGCUUGAUCAAGCCCACCCACACCAUUGUAGAAACAACGAUGUGAGCGCUCUCUGUGAGAGGAAUAUGAUUGUUGUGCUAUCUGUGUUAUCAUAUUUGCUAACCCUGAUAAUGGUAGGUGCACAUUGUCCAAUAUAUUCACGUUAGAAAAUACUCCGGUUUGAUUUUUAUUAUGUUAUUGUUGUUAUUUUUCUCUUGAAAUUUUUUUUUUCUACUAUAUCGAUAUUGUUGAUGUUACACUUGUUGCUGUAGUUGGCACUGAUCUCAUUUUAGGCAGUAUUUUGAGAUAGAACAUGUUCAGUGUUUACUACCUUUCUGUUGAUUCCUGGAGAAAUUAGGAUUGGAUGCUUUUGGGGGGGGGGGGGGUUAUGAUAGAAGAAAUUAUGAAAUUUUCACUUAACAUGAAUUGAGUAACAAGUAACUAACCAUGCAAAAGGUAGAAAACAUCUAAACCCUUGCUUGACUGUGACAGUCUCCCUGCCCAAGUUUACUUCUGAUCUAUUAUUGUCGUUAUGUAUCCCACAGUGAAAAUGAAUGUAUCUAUUGCAUAGACAGAAUUUUGCUGAAGUUCAAUAAGGCCUUGGCCAAAUACUGUAAGAAAUGCAUUCAUCCAGAAGAAACAUCCUGUAAAACAACCAAGACAAAAAUAAUAAAUAAGGAAAAAAAACCCUAAUGAAGGAGUCAGGAAAAAUGGAAAGUGGCAUUUUUAGUAUUUGUACACUGCCUGUGUGACUGCUAUAGUCAGUCCCAGUGCAUUUAUUGAAACCUCUCUUUGCACUUUAUGUCAUUUCACCUUUAUUUUAGUAUUUGUUGUAUUGUUGCAGGGCAUUGCAGAUACUAUUGCAACACAUUUCAGGAGGAAACGUUUUUAGCUUCUAAUUUUUUGAUAUUGUAAACAUUGAUAUACAGUAUCUAGUUGUCUCCCUGAUACGAAAAUGACAAAAUAGGGUAGACAUCUCAAAGAAUAUUUUGAUUCAUAAUUAGUAGUAGGACCUGUGAGAACAUCACUUGAAGUAAUAACAUUAAUGUUUUUUUCUAAAAAUACUGACAGCUCUCUCCAUCAUUCUCAUUUCAAUAGCAGAACUACCACUGGAUUCUAGUUUCUAAUGUCUAUAGUUUGUUUGUAGAAUUUGGAUUGUUUAUAAUUCACGUAUGCCUUUUUGUAACAAUUUUAUACUGUACAUCAUAUUACACCAUCAAUGAAUAAUCAUUUUACGUAAAAUUCUGCAAUUUCUUUUAAAAUAUUGAUUAUAUGGUGAGCCCAGAUGAUAUUUUUCAGUGUGCAAUAUUCAUUGAAGCAAUGGCAUUCUCUACUCAUUUAAAAUCCAACAAAAUUAAGGUAAAUUUUAUGUUUAUUAGUGAAACAACUUCUACAAUUUAAUGUGAAGUCUGAAGGAAUUGUUAUACUGAAGCAUGUGCAGGACUCACCACUGUGCUGCUGCUUUGUCCAUAAAAAAAAUCUUUGUGCUCGGAAUUUCAUGUGUACCAAAGUAUUUUUGUCUCAGUUGUCCCCUUUGUGAGGCACAUUGCAUCAUUCUAUAGAGAUUACAAAUAAACAUCUUUUUCUUUGGA